AUGUACCAGAGACACCCUCGAGUGGUCGCGCAAGAGCCUUUCUGGGCGGACCUACAGCCCCGCGUGGCGCUCGUGGAACGCGGGGGAUCGCUGUGGCUGAAUUGCAGCACCAACUGCCCACGGCCCGAGCGCGGUGGCCUGGAGACCUCGCUGCGCCGGAAUGGGACCCAGAGGGGUUUGCGCUGGCUGGCGCGGCAGCUGGUGGACAUCCGAGAGCCGGAGACCCAGCCCGUCUGCUUCUUCCGCUGCGCGCGACGCACACUGCAGGCGCGUGGGCUCAUUCGCACUUUUCAACGGCCGGAUCGUGUAGAACUGGUGCCGCUGCCUGCCUGGCAGCCAGUGGGCGAGAACUUCACCCUGAGCUGUAGGGUCCCCGGCGCUGGGCCUCGUGGGAGUCUCACAUUGACCCUGUUGCGGGGCGCCCAGGAGCUGAUCCGCCGCAGCUUCUCCGGAGAGCCACCCCGAGCGCGGGGUGCGGUGCUCACAGCCACGGUACUGGCUCGGAGGGAGGACCAUGGGGCCAAUUUCUCGUGCCGUGCGGAGCUGGACCUUCGGCCGCAUGGCCUGGGGCUGUUUGAAAACAGCUCAGCCCCCAGAGAGCUCCGAACCUUCGCCCUGCCUCCGGAACCCCCUCGCCUCGCUGCCCCCCGGCUCUUGGAAGUGGGCUCAGAAGGACCCGUAAGCUGCGCCAUGGACGGGCUGUUUCCAGCCUCGGAGGCUGAGGUCUACCUGGUGCUGGGGGACCAGAGGCUGAGUCCCGAUGUCACCCUCGAGGGGGACGCUCUCAUGGCCACUGCCACAGCCACAGCUAGCGCAGAGCAGGAGGGCGCCAGGCAGCUGGUCUGCAACGUGACCCUGGGGGGCGAGAGUCGAGAGACCCAAGAGAACGUGACUGUCUACAGCUUCCCGGAACCCCUCCUGACCCUGACCGAGCCCAACGCCCCCGAGGGGAAGAUGGUGACAGUAAGCUGCGCAGCCGGGGCCCGAGCCCUAGUCACACUAGACGGAAUUCCGGCCGCGGUCCCGGGACAGCCCGCCCAGCUCCAGCUAAACGCCACCGAGAACGACGACAGGCGUGUCUUCUUCUGCGACGCCACCCUCGAAGUUGACGGGGAGACCCUGAGCAAGAACGAGAGCGCCGAGCUGCGCGUCCUAUACGCCCCCCGGCUGGACGAUUCGGACUGUCCCAGGAGCUGGACAUGGCCAGAGGGACCAGAGCAGACGCUGCGCUGCGAGGCCCGCGGAAACCCAGAGCCCUCGGUGCACUGCGCGCGGCCCGACGGCGGGGCGGUGCUGGCCCUGGGCCUGCUGGGUCCGGUCACUCGCGCGCUCGCUGGAACUUACCGCUGCACCGCGACCAACGUCCAGGGCCAGGCGGUCAAGGACGUGACUCUGACGGUGGAGUACGCACCAGCGCUGGACAGUGUGGGCUGCCCUGAACGUAUUACCUGGCUGGAAGGAACAGAGGCUUCCCUGAGCUGUGUGGCCCAUGGGGUCCCGCCACCCAGCGUGAACUGUGUGCGCUCUGGGGAAGCCAGGGUCGUCGAGGGCCUACUGCGUGUGGUCCGGGAGCACGCGGGCACCUACCGCUGCGAAGCCACUAAUGCUCGAGGGUCUGCAGCCAAAAAUGUCGCCGUCACAGUGGAAUAUGGCCCCAGUUUUGAGGAGGUGAGCUGCCCUAGCAAUUGGACAUGGGUGGAAGGAUCUGGGCGACUGUUUUCCUGUGAGGUGGAUGGGAAGCCAGAGCCAAGUGUGGAGUGCGUUGGCUCCGGAGGCACCAGUGAGGGGGUGCUGCUGCCGCUGGCACCCCCAGACCCUGGUCCCAGAGCCCCUCAAAUCCCUAGAGAACUGGCACCCGGAACCUACAUCUGCAACGCCACCAAUCAGCACGGUUCCGUGGUCAAGAUGGUCACCGUGAGCGCGGAGUCGCCACCGCAAAUGGAUGAAUCUACCUGCCCAAGUCACCAGACGUGGCUGGAAGGCGCCGAGGCUGCUGCGCUGGCCUGCUCCGCCCGGGGUCGCCCCUCCCCACAAGUGCGUUGCUCCCGGGAGGGCGCGCCCCGGCCACAGCGGCUGCGCGUGUCCCGACAGGAUGCAGGCAUCUACCACUGCCUGGCCACCAACGCGCACGGCACUGAAGCCCGGAUCGUCACCGUGGGCGUGGAAUACCGCCCCGUCGUGGCCGAGCUGGCUGCCUCGCCUCCAGGAGGCGUGCGGCCAGGCGGGAACUUCACGCUGACCUGCCGAGCCGAGGCUUGGCCCCCAGCCCAGAUCAGCUGGCGUGCGCCCCCGGGGGCGCUCAACAUCGGCCUGUCAAGCAACAACAGCACGCUGAGCGUGGCGGGCGCUAUGGGCAGCCACGGCGGCGAGUAUGAGUGCGCAGCCACCAACGCGCAUGGGCGCCACACCCGGCGCAUCACCGUGCGCGUGGCUGGUCCGUGGCUAUGGGUCGCUGUGAGCGGCGCGGCUGGGGGAGCGGCGCUGCUGGCCGCGGGGGCCGGCCUGGCCUUCUACGUGCAGUCCACCGCCUGCAAGAAGGGCGAAUAUAAUGUGCAGGAGGCCGAGAGCUCGGGUGAGGCCGUGUGUCUCAACGGCGCGGGUGCCGGCGCCGGCGGGGGCGGGGGCGCCGAAGGUGCAACUGAGGCUGCGGGCACCGCCGAGGCGCCGGCGGGGGGCGAGGUCUUUGCCAUCCAGCUGACGUCAGCGUGAGCCCGCUCCCCUCUCCCCGCGGGCCGGGGGACGCCCCCCAGACUCACACGGGGGCUUAUUUAUUGUUCUAUUUAUUUAUUUAUUUAUUUAUUUAUUUAUUUAUUUAUUUAUUUAAUUUUAUUUAUUUAUUCAAUUCCAGGGGC